AUGUAUUAUUCUGAAUUGAUGAACAUACUUAAAUUCGACUUUUGUCACACGUAUUUCAUCAGAUGCGAGUCAGCCCGACCGGCACGAAACUGGUGCACAAGUCAUGGCAAUAUUACGGGCAACGUUUGUGACGAAUGCAUUGUUCCGUUCGACGAACGAAUGAGGGCGAGAUGGCCCAAGUGGUUAGAGCGCGAAUUUACUGACCGGAAGGUCCGUGGUUCGAACCCGACCUCUGCCACUCGACUUCCCCUGUCUAGGCUUGGGUGA